GGCGCCCCGGCCGUAGCGGCUGCGAAGCGCGCCGGGGCGGAGGCUCGGCGAGGGCUCAGCCAUGACCCUGCGGGCGGGGGGCGCUCGGCUGCUAGGCGGCCUCCUGCUCUUCGCUCUGCUCGCUGCGGGCGCCGCGCCGCUCAGCUGGGAUUCUCCGGAGCCCCGCAGCAGGGCCAGCAAGAUCCGAGUGCACCCGCGGGGCAACCUCUGGGCCACCGGUCACUUCAUGGGCAAGAAGAGUCUGGAAACCCCCAGCCCAUUCCUCUCGGGAACAGCUCCCCACAUCUCCCUGAGGGACCAGAGACGGCAGCUGAGUCACGAUCUGCCCAGGAUCCUCCUGCUAAAGAAAGUUCUGGGCAUGAGCCUUAGCAGCCCAGCACCUCACCCCCAGGAGGCUGCUGGUGCAAGUGGUGCAGAAGUGACACCAUUAAUGAGGAAGAUACGACGACGUGGCUUGGACCGUGCCCUCCCAGGGGAGUUACUGAACGGGACCCUGGCAGCGGCCCCAUCUGGACGUAAAACCUGGCCUCAAAUCUCUGUGACUCCAUUAGUGUGAUUUCUGGUUGUGUCGCCAGGAAUAUUGCCAGUGCAGACACAAAUUAUGUCCCUGCUGUAUUUCUUGCUUCCCUGUUGAAGUUGUGAAUAAAACCCAGCUCUUGAUGAA